ACCGGUGAUGGCGCCGAACUGCCCGCGACUCAUCCCAUUCACAAAACAGCCGCCGAGGCUGAUAACCAGGACAGAGUGGGAGAAUGAACCUGACAGUAAAUGUAAAUGCACAGAAAGAGAAGAAUUCAACAUUAACAUUGAAAAUCAGUUUGAAUACUCACUCAGGUCUGCCAUCUGUGCAGUCACGAUGUUAACGCUGCUUCAGUUUGUAAUGCAGCCUGCCGGAGGCUCUGAACUCGAAGAGAAAGACCAAAAUAAUACAGAUGGUAUCAAGCAAGCGCCUUUGUACAGUUACAGCGACAUCAGGUUGCCUGAUGACCAUAUUCGUUACUUUCUGCACAACAACAAACCCAUAGCCACAGUUUGCAAAAAAGAUCCUCUUUGUCCAUUUAAGGAGUCCGUGAAGAGACUGAAAUCCUGCUGGGGUUAUGAGAAAAGCUGCAAGCCAGAAUACAGAUUCAGCUACCCUGUGUGCACCAAGGCCACUUCAGGCUGGUCGACCACAAUCGAAGCAGCACAAGAGAUCUUCUGGAAGCAAGCUGAUUUCGGCUAUGUUAAAGUCAUGCUUCAAGAGAUGAAAACACUAUGUGAAUCGGUCAAACCAGGGGAUUCAUCCCUAACUUGCUCAAAGUACACUCGCUUCUGCAGAGCCACAAAUCUCUACAUUGAUUUGAGACACCCAAGAAGAAGCACAGAUAGGUAUAAGGAGGAUUUCUUUCAAGCUGGUGAAAUUGGAGGUUCUUGUAAAUUGAACAAGGCUGCACUGCUGGCUGAAGGAGAGCAUAAAAGUCCUCUGCAAUCCUGGUUUGCAGAACUACAAACCUAUUCGGAGCUGAACUUUCAACCCAUUGAAGAUGGAAAUUGUGACCUCAUUAUUGAAAAGCCAACAUAUUUCAUGAAGUUAGACGCAGGUGUCAAUAUGUACCACCACUUCUGCGAUUUUGUGAACCUCUAUAUAUCCCAACAUAUCAACAACUCCUUUGCUGCUGAUGUAAAUAUCGUAAUGUGGGAUACAAGUUCUUAUGGAUAUGGUGAUUUAUUUAGUGCUACCUGGAAAGCAUUCACUGACCAUGAAAUCGUACACUUAAAAACAUUUGAUUUUAAAAGGGUAUGCUUCAAGGAAGCAGUCUUUUCAUUACUCCCACGCAUGCGUUAUGGAUUAUUUUACAAUACCCCUUUGGUGCCUGACUGCUCCAACACAGGACUGUUUAGAGCAUUUUCCCAGCACGUCACCUUCAGAUUAAACAUUACCCAGGAUGGUCCACAGAAUCGGAGAAUUCGUGUUACACUCCUGGUACGCAGCACUCAAUAUCGCAGAAUCCUGAACCAGGAUGAGCUGGUGAAUGCACUGAAGACAGUAUCUAUAUUUGAUGUCAAAAUGGUGGAUUACAAUCAUAAAGACAUUAAAUUCUUAGACCAAGUGAAAGUAACGCACAAUUCUGACAUUUUUAUUGCCAUUCACGGAGCUGGCCUCACACACUUGGUUUUUCUACCUGACUGGGCUGUCAUUUUUGAAUUAUAUAACUGUGAAGAUGAGCGUUGCUAUCUUGAUCUGGCUCGACUCCGAGGAAUUCACUACAUGACUUGGGAGAAAAAAGAGAAAGUUGUGCCUCAGGAUAAGGGACACCAUCCUACACUCGGAGAGCAUCCGAAGUUUACCAACUACUUUUUUGACGUGAACGAAUUUAUGCGCCUUGUCCUGUCUGCUGCUGAGAAGGUGUCAGGGCAUCCUCAAUGGCCCUUCAGGCAAAGUCACGAAGAACUGUGAACAACACAGUGUUUGCAUAGAGUGAAUUCAUACAAUCUGUUUACAUGUUACUCUGGAAUUUUUAAAGACUGACGGGCAUUCUUUGUUCCACUCCUCUAAGAGCAAAUCAGGAUGUUUUUAAUAUUUUUUUAAAAAAUGACAUACAUCUUACACAGUGCAAUUUUCCUAGAAGACUUCCUGCUAUUGUUGGGCAUCAUGAAAACCUGACCAAAAGGUUAAAGCCUGGAGAUGUUACAAUUUAACACGAGUCAUGUAUUAUCAAAUGUUUAAAAAAAACUUCCAAAUUGCUGAUUGAAAGUGC